AUGCUCAAAAAAAUGGUACCGACGUAUAAUUUUGCUAAACGGUUGUAUUCUACAGCUACUGGCAAAGUGAAAGCACAAAAAUAUGUGCUCACGAAGUAUUUUCAAGGGGAACCGAAGAAAUCUGAUUUUAAAAUUGUCGAAGAGGAACUUCCAGAGUUAAAAGAAGGGGAAGUACUGGCGGAGGCUGAAUAUCUAAGCGUUGACCCUUACAUGAGAGCUUAUAUGAUAGGCUAUAAAUUGCCUACUGAUAUGAUUGGUGGACAAGUUGCAAAAAUUAUAUCGAGUCGGAACAAAAACUAUGCUGUAGGAAAAUAUUUAGCUGGAUCUUUUGGGUGGCGUACUCAUACUAUUGUAAAACCUGAUGAUUUUAAUACUCCGGCAGGUUUCAUACCUGUUACACUUCUACCUGAUUUCGGGUCACACCCCGUGUCACUGGGCUUAGGCGUUCUUGGAAUGCCCGGAAAUACAGCUUAUUUCGGUGUAAAAGAGAUAUGUAAACCUAAACCCGGUGAAACGAUUGUAAUUACUGGCGGCGCUGGUGCUGUUGGAUCACACGUGGGGCAAAUUGGCAAAAUAUUGGGUUGUCGUGUUGUUGGCUUUGCGGGAACCGAUGAAAAGUGUGAAUAUUUGGAAAAGGAACUAGGCUUUGAUCGGGCUUUCAACUACAAAACCGUAGAUAUCAGAGCUGCCCUUAAAGAUGGUUGUCCUAAAAGAGUUGACUGUUACUUUGAUAAUGUCGGUGGCGAAAUCAGUACGACUAUAAUGUCUCACAUGAACAAAUAUGGAAGAGUCGCAGUUUGUGGUUCCAUUUCGUCAUAUAAUGAUAUGAAAUUGCCAAAAGUAACAAUUCUGCAACCUGCUAUCGUCUUCAAGGAAUUGAAAGUAGAAGGAUUUCUCGUAAAUCGGUGGACCGAUCGAUGGAAUGAAGGAAUCGAAGCAAAUUUAAAAUGGCUUAAUGAGGGAAAAUUAAAGUAUCAAGAGAAAGUUUACCACGGUUUUGAUAACAUGGUAGAUGCUCUCGUGGGUAUGCUGAGAGGAGAGAAUACAGGGAAAGCUGUCGUUAAAGUUAAAUAA